AUGCUUCGCGAGAUUGUCUACGGCCUCCUGGGGCUGCUGCUCCUCCUCUACGGGGCAGACUUGGCCCUGGGACUUGGUGACGAUGCCCGCGAGCCACCGCGGCUCCGGGCCCGGAUCCCAUUGAUCGGCCACCUGCUGGGCCUCAUACAACACGGAGUGUCAUAUUACAGCAAGACGAGCGUCCGGGCCGGUGGCGGUGGCGGCGGCGGCCAGGAAAUGUACACGCUCGGCGUCCUCCACUACAAGCUCUACGUCUGCAAUGCGAACCGACUCAUGCCUUAUAUCCAAAAGAGCGCCCGCACCGUCUCCUUCAAGCCCUUUAUGCAGACGGCGGUGCGCACACACGGAGGCGCCUCGGAUCACGCCUACGAGAUCUUUGGCGAUGGCGCCUUCUUGGACGAUUACUCACACGGCAUGAAACACAGUCUCGCACCAGGCCCUCACCUGGACGAGCAAAACUUGAGAAUGGGAAACCGCGUCAUGGUCGACAUUGACGCUCUGCUUAGCAACACGGGCAAGGGCCGACCCGGGAAGCAGUUUUUCAUGCUGGGCUGGGUUCGCCAUGCCGUCGUGCAGGCCUCGAGCUGUGGUGUCUAUGGAGCGAACCGUCCCUUUGUCCGGCGCGAAGUAGAAGAUGCUUACUGGAAGUGGCAGUCAUGGCUUCCGGCACACAUGGCCCAACUCGACCUCUUUGGCACGGGCUAUGCUGCACGAGAUGUGGUCGCCGACGCGUAUCGACAAUAUCUUGCCAACAUGCCCAACGACGCCGCCCUGGUCAUCCAGGAGCGAGUGCGGGUCCAGCGCGAGGCCGGCAUGUCCGAGGAGGACCUGGCCAAGAUGGAGAGCGGAUUUCCGACGGCCGUGUUUGCCAAUACUAGCCCGACGCUCUUUUGGACCAUCUGGGAGCUCUUUUCCCGGGGCGAUGUGCUGGCCGAGGUGCGGCGCGAGGUGGAAGAGCGGGCAGUGACCAUGACCACCGCGGCAGAGGAGCAGCGAGUCUUUGAGCUCGAUGUUGGGGCGCUCAAGCACCGGUGCCCCCUGCUGCUGUCCGUAUACCAAGAGACGCAGCGCCGUCGCCACGUCCACGCCAAUAUACGCAAGGUCCUCGCCGACACGGUGCUGGACGACAAGUACCUCCUCAAGGCUGGGAACUACCUGCAGAUGCCCGGGGCGCCGAUUCACGACAGCGAGGCCAUCUGGGGCCCUACGGCGGGCGACUUUGACCCGUACCGCUUCGUCGAUCAUGGAGGUAGCAGCAGUGGCAGUCACAAUAAGACGGGCACGACACCCGCGCCUGGAAACAGCGCCUUCCUCGCUUGGGGCGCACCACCGCAUCUGUGUCCGGCCCGGCAGUUUGCGUCGACCGAGAUCCUCAUUAUUGUGGCGCUGCUGGCCCUGCGCGCGGAUCUACGGCCCGUUGACGGCGGCCGCGGGUCCUGGGAGUACCCAGAGCUCAACCGGGCCGACAUGGUGACGGUGCUGAACCCCAAGGAAGACGUUAGGAUGGAGGUUGUCGCUCGGGAGGAGUGGAGCGGUCAUUGGUUGCUCAAGACGAGCGAGAGUACUUCUCGCAUCUCUCUUGCUUCAGGAUGA